GAAGAUACGUUGCGACUAAGGAAGAUUAUUGAUCAGGCAUUAUCUUUAGAUCCAAGGAUUGAGAAGUUUAAAAAAGAAGAGAGGGCGGCCAAAGAAGCCAAGAAAAAAGAAAAGGAAGAGGCAGCAAAAAAUGCGAAAGAAGCGGCUAAAAGGGCUGCCGAAGAGGAAAAAUCAAGGAAAGAGCAAGCCGAAGCUGAAGCCAAGCAGAAGCAACAAGAGGAAAAAAAGAAGAAAGAAGCUAGGAAGAAGUCUAUUCGUACCGAACGCAAAAACAUUAAAACACACCUCAAGUCAUAUAACUAUUUUUAUCCAGCUAAUGAAUCACCUCCUGUCGAAGUUAUUGAUGCGCAAUUAUCAGAGUUAGAUACUUUAUUCGAAAAUUUGACAUUAGAAGAACUUCAAACCGUCAGGAAGCAGAUGGAUUCUGCUAAUGAUGGGCAAUCUGCGAAACAAGUUUUAAUAAGUGAAGCUACGAGAUUGAUAAGUUCCGGUGUUUUCGCAUCUGAUUCUAUUACACACUUUAAACAAUCGGGUAUCAUCGAAAAUACUCUCCAAAGUACUAUUUCCAUCGAAAAACCAAAUGUCACAGAAGUUUCGAAAGAGGAACCAAAGGAGAGGCCAUGGAGCGAAAAGGCGAAUUGUUAUCUAACAUGUUUUUUCAGGUGGGAGAAGAUUAGUGAGUAUGUUGCAGACCAUACUGGAUUAUCACCAAGGUCAAACGAAGAAUUAAUAAAAAAAUCCAAAGAAGUUCAAAAGGGAGCUAAUGCAUUGAACGAAGAGGAUGUGCGUAAGUUGCAACAUCAGAAAAAACAUGCAGACACGCGUAUCAACGAACAUCCUUCUAUGCGAGAGGCUACUAUAAAUUAUGAUGACCCGCUUCAUGCACAAGUUGAAGAGGCGCCAAAUGGUUCGCACGAAUCAGCAAAACCAAAGAAGACCAAGGCAAAAUCAAAAUCCUCGUCACAACCUGUUGAAUCUCCAAUAACGAAUGUUUCCGCGGCGAAUCCAGAUAGUUCGACAAAGACGUCGGAGGAAACCCCUAUAAACGGGUCUACCUCAGCUGCAACGUCCAGUAAUACAACCUCUUCAGUUCAAUCGACGACUGUGUGGACUGCUACCCAACAAGCUCAACUAGAACGAGCCUUACAAAUGUACCCGCCUUCGUGGAAAGGUGACGGUGAUAGAUGGGACAAAAUAGCGGCAGCCGUAGAGGGUAAAACGAAGAAAGAGUGCAAACUCAGGGUGAAGCAUAUAACGGAACAAGUUAAAGCGAAGAAGGCUGCACAAUCCACGAACAGCAAAUAA